AUGUCUGUCAGUAUUACCUCAUCAAGCAUUUCGAAGGAGGCGCCCAUCAGCGCACAAUGGUUGGUUGAAUUGGUCCAACAGUUGGGGCCAAUUGACUCGGGUAAACGAAACCAGGAAGUGCUUGAGAAGCUCCAAGCCAAGUCUUCAAAAUACAAAUUCUUGGUCCAAUCCACAGAUGUACAGCAAUUGGGCGACAUUGGAUUAAACACCAAGUUCGGGGCCAUUUGGGACAGUGAAAGAGACGGACACAUAAAUCUUCAGAUUGGUGAUUUCGUCAAGGAGAAACCCGAAGAGCCAAAGGAAGAGCCUGCCUCAGAAAAGAGUUCAGAUGUAGCUUUGGAAGAGCCAUCACACGCUGCAGAUCAAUCCAAGGAACCGGUCCCAUCCGUAGCUGGUGCAACGGACGAGUUGACUUCAAAACCUAACACGGAGUCACCAGUUGUACCAAAGAUUGCACAGGAGGCACUUGAAGAUGACAAAGAAGCAGGCAAAGUAUCACAAGAAUCAGAAGGAAAUGCUUUGGAAUCCGCAAAUACAGAAUUGUCUCUGGAAAUUGUUUCGGUAGUCCCAGAAGAAGAGGAGAAUGAGUUGAAGGCCAUUGAAGACUCUCCUAGUGACAUUUUGAUAGAAUCCCCAAAAACGUCACCAGAGAUACCCAAGAGGCCAAGCUCCUCCGGGUCGAAAAAGUCCACUUCCUCCAUUCCGACACCUUUCAAAUCCGAGAAGAAGCCUCAGCAAUCCGGACCCAAACCCAUCAUCACUAUGCUUUCUGUCUACUGGUUAUACGUCAGAUAA